CUCUCUCUCGGAUAGUUUGCUGCUCCGGGGCUUGUGAAAGCACGGAGCGCUGCCUGUAAUGAGCCUCCACACUAUCCACUCUGCUCACUCGCCGAAAUAACCGCCAACAUUUCGCUCUGAGGCAAACUCUGGACACCACGCCGCUUCCUCCUGAACACGGUGUGAACUCAACAUACCCAAAUUCAGUGUGUGCCCCAUGGCGUCUAAGCCUCACCCUCCUCUGAUGAAGAAGCACAGUCAGACAGACUUGAUAAGCCGUCUCAAGAGCCGGAAGAUCCUUGGAGUCGGCGGAGAGGAUGAUGAUGGUGAAGUACACCGCUCGAAGAUCAGUCAGAUGCUUGGAAAUGAGAUGAAGUUUGCAGUGCGAGACCCCAUCGGGCUGAGGGUGUGGCUACUCCUCUCAGCGGUGGGUUUUACAGUUAUGGCCCUGAUGGCCCUGGUGUUUCCCAACCAGCUAUAUGAGGUUUUUUUUGAGGAGGAGCUCUCCACGACUAGCAUCUCCGUUCGCCUUUAUGGAGGAGCACUGCUUAGUCUGGCCCUUAUCAUGUGGAACGGUUUGUACACAGCAGAGAAAAUCAUCAUCCAGUGGACCCUGCUCAGUGAAGGCUGCUACUUUGCUGUGCAGUUUCUAGUGACAUCCAUCACCUUAAUGGAGAUCGGGAUCCUGCCUAAUGCUGCCAUGCUCCUGCUCCUCAGUCAAGUGCUCUUCCUGCUGCUCACUAUGGCUUACUACUACCACCUGGGCCGUAAACCAAAGAAAAUCUGAGCUGCUUGUGUGAUACUUCCAGGGAGGGGACAGCUGAGCACAGAUCACAAACGUGGGGUCUGAAGGUUUGGAUUAUUAUUUGACUGGGGCUCGGAGCAUUACUUUCCCAGGGGAUGCACCCUACCCUUUUCCAUGGGACCCAACCUAUUGUAACCCCCAGUAUUCAACAGAUGAGCACAGUCUCACAUUCCAGACUCUGAAACAUGAACGAGUAACCUCAUAGUGAAAGUGAAAUACUCUUUCGCUGGGCUGUGAGGUCAAGCCCCUCUUGAGACACAUUCCUCCUUUGUGCAGUUCUGAGUGCUGUUGUUAUAAAGGAGAUAGCAGUAUGUAGUGCAUUGCGUUCUUGUGACACUUAGUUCUGUGAUUUCAUAUGUACAGUAUGGAGUAAUUUCAAACAUCUGAUUAUCUUGUUAAUGUACAUGAUUUCCAGAUUCAGCAUUUAGUAUUAUCUGUUAGAUAAAAAGUUGCAUCUUGACACCAUUUCUUAAUCACACUCAAGGACCAAGAGUUUGAACUAUAAUUUGCUUCCUGUUUGAUGCUGUCGAUGUUAACUCAAAGUGUAUGUAUGCUCAAGUGAAGCCUGGAUAUCUGUGCUCUUGCAUGCUUCUCUGACAGCCUUCCAGUGAAUAUACUAAUUGGAAAAAAACUUGCUUUGUGUAAGAUUCAGGUGCAAUAAGAUAAGCUGGAUGAGUGACAAUGAACCUUUUCUUACACUGCUGACAGCUUUCUUGGUCAGCAUACUGAGGAAACUGCUCAAGGUCAGUUUAUGCUCUCAGCCAUUCCCAACAAUCAUAUUCAGAUUUAGAUUACCCAAAAAGAAAUGCUGAAUCAAAACAUUUUUUCAGGGACAUAGUGACUUCUUCCUUGAGGUAUCAGUCAUGAGGUUCUACCAAAGUGAAUAAGAAUUAUUUUGUACUGAAUAUUUACACUUCUGAGAUUAAUACAUGUAAUGUUGAUAAAUGCUCAUGUGAAAUCA